CCGGAAGUAAAGCCCGGAAGUGGAAACGUCACUCUGCAGGCUCGGAGGUUCCGCCUGUCGACAGACACAUAAGCUUGUUAAAAGUCUGAUUUGAACGUUUGUACACAGCAGAAACUGGAAAUAUGACCGGGCGGCUACCGGCGUGUGUCGUGGACUGUGGUACAGGUUACACCAAGCUGGGAUAUGCUGGCAACACAGAACCACAGUUCAUUGUUCCAUCAUGUAUUGCCAUCAAAGAGUCCGCCAAAGUUGGAGACCAAGCUCAGCGACGGAUGAUGAAGGGAGUGGAUGACUUGGACUUCUACAUUGGAGAUGAAGCUGUAGAUAAACCCUCAUAUUCCACAAAGUGGCCAAUUCGUCAUGGGAUUGUGGAAGACUGGGACCUAAUGGAGCGCUUCAUGGAGCAAAUCAUCUUCAAGUACCUUAGGGCCGAACCUGAAGACCACUACUUCCUCCUGACUGAGCCUCCUCUGAACACACCGGAAAACCGAGAAUAUACAGCCGAGAUCAUGUUUGAAUCCUUCAAUGUGCCAGGACUGUACAUUGCUGUGCAGGCCGUGCUUGCUCUUGCAGCCUCCUGGACAUCCAGACAAGUGGGAGAAAGGACAUUGACAGGCACGGUUAUUGACAGCGGGGACGGUGUCACCCAUGUCAUUCCUGUAGCUGAAGGUUAUGUUAUUGGGAGCUGUAUAAAGCACAUUCCCAUCGCAGGACGAGACAUUACUUACUUCACUCAGCAGCUUCUCAGAGAGCGGGAAGUGGGCAUCCCACCAGAGCAGUCACUGGAGACAGCCAAAGCAGUCAAGGAGCGUUUCAGCUACGUGUGCCCAGACCUUGUCAAAGAGUUCAACAAGUACGACACAGACGGCUCCAAGUGGAUUAAGCAAUACACCGGCAUCAACAGCAUCAGCAAGAAGGAGUUCACCAUUGAUGUGGGCUAUGAACGUUUCCUGGGGCCUGAGAUCUUCUUCCACCCAGAGUUCGCCAACCCAGACUUCACCCAGCCUAUCUCUGAGGUUGUUGAUGAGGUCAUCCAGAACUGCCCCAUUGAUGUCCGGCGUCCUCUCUAUAAGAGCAUUGUUUUGUCUGGAGGCUCCACCAUGUUCAGGGAUUUUGGUCGCCGUCUGCAGAGAGACUUGAAGAGGUCUGUGGAUGCCCGACUCAAGAUUAGCGAGGAGCUGAGUGGAGGCAAACUAAAACCCAAGCCAAUUGAUGUCCAAGUUAUCACUCAUCACAUGCAGAGAUAUGCCGUCUGGUUUGGAGGAUCUAUGUUAGCAUCGACUCCUGAGUUCUACCAGGUCUGCCACACCAAAAAGGACUAUGAGGAAAUCGGACCGAGCAUUUGUCGCCACAAUCCUGUGUUUGGAGUAAUGUCUUAACUGUUAGACCAGAAGGGGUACAGUGCAUUUCUUCUUCAAACCUUUGGUUUCUUUUGAGGAAAAAAAAACAAGAGAAAUGGUUUUACAGUUUUAUUAAACCAUUUGCAAAUGUUUGUUGGUUUUCUACUAAACACCACGCAGCGAUGACUGAGGACCAUGGAGAUUAUCAUGCAGUCAAUAUCAGGUGUGCCUGUUUAUAUUUUGUGCACAUUUUUAAUGUACAUCCAGGAUGAAAUUAAGGGUUUAAAACUAUGAAAUGUAUGAGCAAGUUUGAACUAAGGGUUCAGCCUUCAUUUUGCCAAUCCUCCUAGUAUUCCCUUUGUUUGUCCAACGUAUCUGCUUUCACUUCAAACGAUGAUGCAGGACACAAAAACAAGGACUGACCGGUUAGAAAGAGGAGUCUGCAUUACUGUAAGAUCAGUAUUAUUUGAUCAAAUUGAUUUUUCAUGAUGAAUAUCAAAUUAUGGGGGGAAAUGGGAUUUAAUGCCUUACAACAUUUCAAUAAAUGUUAAUUUUUGUCAGUU